GAAUGGCAUUGACCACGGCGCAUUGAGGGAAAUCCGCUACAUGCAGGAGGUCACCCACGUCAACGUAUUGAAGUUGCUGGAUGUGUAUGGUCAUGGUAAGGAGAUUAGCUUGGUGUUUGAUUUCAUGGUGACUGAUCUGCAGAAGAUCAUCAACGAUCGCAGUUAUCUGUUCUCACCCGGUGAUGUUAAGUCGUACAUGCUACAGACCAUGACAGGCCUCGAGUGCCUGCACGCCAACUGGAUAUUGCACAGG